CGUACCUAGCAGUACUCAGCAGUCAACGUUCUACAGUUGGCCCCACCCUCGAGUAUGAGAGGAUGCUAAGUCUCUGUAGCAGUUAAACAGUAUUACGACGGUGUUUUAAAAAACUUAAAAACAAUUUUGAAAUAAAUGUUAACUGUAAAUUAAAUAUUUUAAUAUUUACUCCUACUAAAAUGUAUUCAUUUAUUCAUUUUACAUAAAAUUAUUACGUCGUUGUUCGCGAUGAAUCAACAAACCACAGUUACUACAGAGAUGAAUUCGACGAAAAUCAAAGUCAAAGGCUUUGAGAUAAACUACUUUAAAAUUGGAAAUGGACCACAGAAAUUGUUGAUUUUUCCUGGAGCUUUAGGUCAAGUUACUAAUUUUAAACCACUGACAGAAAACUUCGAUCGAGAAAAAUAUACGAUGUACAUAUGGGAUCCUCCCGGUUACGGUUUGAGUCGACCGCCGAACAGAGAUUUUUCACCGGGAUUUUUGUACCGUGACGCCGAUUGCGCCAUUGCGCUCAUGGAGGCGUUGUGCAUCGACAGGUAUUCGAUGUUGGGCUGGUGCAACGGCGGUUGCACAGCUCUGAUCGCAGCGUCCAAAGCCGUUGACCGAGUGGAAAAGCUAGUGGUGUGGAGCUGCAACGCAUACGUCACUAGCAAAGAUCUCGAAAUCUACGAGACGACGCGCGACGUCCACGCGUGGUCUGAGAAGAGGAGACUUCCUCAAUUCCAAAUGUACGGCGAGAAGUACGUGUCGGACACUUGGUCCGGGUGGAUAGAUGCCUUCCAUAAAAUACUCGACGAAGACGACGGUGACGUAUGCCGCGGAGUACUGGCCGAAAUAAAAGCGCCCACGCUCAUCCUGCACGGAUCAGAGGAUGAGCUCGUACCGAUCGAGCACGCCGUAUACCUGCACGAUAACAUCAAGGGCUCGACACUUGAAAUACUUCCAGAUGCCAAGCAUAUCAUACACUUUAUGUACCCACAAAAGUUUAUUUCUAUAGUGGAUAACUUUCUUACUGCUAUAUAGUAACGCAUAGUUAAUCACCACUAAUUAUCAUGAAUUCAAAAGCUGCAUUGUGAAAAACUUAAUAUUGAAAGAAGGUCUUCAGUUUUGAGACCUAAUAAUAUUUUAACUUAGUAAAAUUAAUUUAUUACUAUUAAAUUUGGUUUAACUUGUACACUUGACAAAUAAUAAUAUGUCAUGAUUUAUUGUAAAAUAACAUUUUAUCUUUUUUCAGAA